CCUUGUUCUUCUUCGUCAACGGUUUUAGCUUUCUCAAUUAUUUAAUUGAGUUGGAUUGAAUCUAGAUCUUCUGGUCCGUUAUCUAUUACGUGCGCUGUGCUCCAUUUCCAUUACCACUUUUCUCCAAAAGCAUCAACUUUUGACUCCUUUUCCUCCAUUUCUCAUACCCAUCUCCACCGCCAUGACAGCACCCACCACCACCAGCAGAAAAAAUUUUCGUCGCUCAAAAUCCAAACGCCUGCUGGUCAUUAUCAUUGUUGCUCUCCUGCUUUUGUCUCUCAUCGGUGUUGUCCUCUUUUUUACCCUCCGUCACAAGAUCUCAGAUUCCCACUCUCCAAAAUCAUCUUCAAGCUCAAAAGUACCAGUAGCGGCCAUUCAAUUAGCCUGCCAAGCCACACAACACCCAGAAACUUGUCAGACGUCUCUAUAUCAGUCCAAUAUUGUCCCUCCAAAUCCCACCCCAGUUCAAAUUAUCCAAUCUGCAUUAUGGGUAUCCUCCCAAAACCUCUCAAUUGCACAAUCAAUGUUAAAAUCCCUCUUAGCUUCCGCUGCUGGUAACCAAAACAUCACCAACGUUGCCAAAAGUUGUUUGGAGAUUCUGGGUUUUUCCCAAUACCGCAGUUCAGUGUCUAAUAACACUUUGCCAUUCGGUAAGUCCAAAAAUGUCCGUGCUUGGAUGAGUGCGGCUGUGGCUUACCAGUACGAUUGUUAUGGAGGACUUGGUUACCAUGGGGGAAACUCGCAGGAAAUCAAUAAAACAAGGGCUUUUCUUGAAGAUUUGAUUACGCUCAGCAGCAACGCUUUAAGCAUGAUAGUCUCUUACGAUUUGUUUGGCAACGAAACCCGGUCCUGGCGACCACCUAAAACAGAGCGAGAUGGGUUCUGGGAGGAUCCGAAAUUGGGCGGUGGAAUUGGCUUCAGGAGUGAGUUCCCGUCAAACCUAACGGUGGACGCGACGGUGUGUAAGAAUGUGAGUAGUGGAUGUUACGGAACGGUACAGGAAGCUGUUAAUGCUGCUCCCAAUGCGACGGAGCGAAGAUUUGUGAUACAUAUAAAGGAAGGGGUUUAUGAGGAGAUCGUCAGGAUUCCAUUUGAGAAGAAAAAUGUGGUCUUUCUAGGCGACGGAAUGGGGAAAACGAUAAUUACAGGGUCAUUGAGUGUUGCUCAGCCAGGUGUAACUACAUAUGAGUCUGCUACUGUUGGGGUUCUUGGUGAUGGAUUCAUGGCUAGUGGUAUCACAUUCCAGAAUGCAGCAGGACCUCCUACUUACCAAGCAGUAGCGUUUAGAUCAGACAGUGAUCUCUCUUAUAUUGAGAACUGUGAAUUCCUAGGCAAUCAAGACACUUUGUAUGCACAUUCUCUUCGCCAAUUCUACAAAUCAUGUCGCAUUCAGGGCAAUGUGGAUUUCAUUUUUGGAAACUCAGCUGCAGUUUUCCAGGAUUGUCAAAUCUUAAUUGUUCCCAGGCAAGAAAAUCCAGAAAAAGGCGAACAAAAUACUGUCACAGCACACGGCAGGACAGAUCCUGCUCAAUCAACAGGCUUUGUGUUUCAAAAUUGUUCAAUCAGUGGCACUGCAGAGUAUAUGGCAUUAUACAAUAGCAACCCAAAGGUUCACAAGAAUUACUUGGGAAGGCCUUGGAAGGAAUACUCAAGAGUUGUUUACAUAAAUUGCAGCUUUGAAGCUCUCAUAUCAGCAGAAGGAUGGAUGCCUUGGAACGGCGAUUUCGCACUGACUACACUGUACUAUGGAGAAUACAAGAAUUCUGGACCAGGAUCUAAUUUGUCUGAGAGAGUAACCUGGAGUUCUCAAAUUCCUGCAGAGCAUGUCAACACAUAUUCAGUACAGAGUUUCAUUCAAGGAGAUGAAUGGAUGCCUACAUCUGCAUCUUCUUGAUUAUUGAAGAUUCAAUAUAAAUAAUGGUGUAAUUCAUUCUUUUACAGAAUUAAUUUGUUUAAUUUGUAGAUUGAUUACAGAAGUUGUAAUCAAUUUAGAGGUCUUCUCUUUCUGUGAAAUUGAAAAUGGAGGGAGAGAAUUAAUCUAGUGGAUGUGUCUUUGGCAA